CCUGCUGUCUUUUUAGGUGCAUAUGCAUAGGUCUCAAAGGUGGAUUAGUGAGUGGUACACUUGGGGAGCUCUACCCUUCUGUCAGGCCUGCCCAGCCUGCCAUCUGAACAUGAAAGCAUCGUAUCGCCUUGGGAUUUGGGGCUGGGUCCUUUAGGUAGGGCUCUGUGCCCCUACCAGACACCCAGUUUAUGAUUGUAGGAGGGAUUUCACUGCUCAAGGACAGUUCUGACCAGUGUGGUUACAGGCCCAGCCCUAUCUGGUGAGAGGUGGCCCUCCUAGAACAGAAAGCCCUUUGAGAAGGCUGCCUCCCACCUGUCCAGGAUUCCAGAGGGGCACUGUCCCCAAGGUCACCUCCCCACUAGCAUUCUGUCUUCAGCCAUAUAAGCUACACACAAUCCAAUCCCUCACAGCACCACCAUGCAGGGUCUUCUUACUCAGCUGGCCCUGCUGUUCUUGGCCUUGGGAGCUGUGUUGGGGACCAAGACCCCUGAAGAGUCUGCUGCUGGCCCUGGGGACCUUAUCUUCCAUGAGGACUGGGCCUGGCCACCUAGGAGACCCCACAACCCCCUAUGCCUGGUGAUGCUGAAUAGGGCCAGCAACAAGAGCAGAGUCCCUGUGCAGGUGGUGGUAUCCCUGACCAGUUAUGAGCAUGCCUUCCUGGAGGCUGUGUGGGAGGCCCACUGGGGACCCUCGGACCUGGCCACUUUUGGAGUCUGCAGUCCCAGUGACUCACAAGCCACCCUGUCUGCCCUACGGCGGCUGGGGGCCUGGCUGGGGGAGCCUGGGGGUCAGCGGCUUAUGAUCUUGCACCUGGCGGAAGUGACAUGGGAACCCACAUUCUCACUGAGAUUCCAGGAGCCCCCACGGGGAGGAGCCAGUCCUGAGGAUCAGGCACUACUGGUGCUGUACCCUGAGCCUGGACCCGAGGUCACUGUCACUGGGACUGGGCUGCAGGGUGCCCAGACUGUCUGCCCCACCCGGGACACCCGCUAUCUGACGCUGACCGUGGAACACCCGGCGGGGGCCUGGCGCGGCCCUGGGCUUGCCCUGACCCUGCGGCCCCGAGGAGGCGAUGCCCCACUGAGCACUGCUCAGCUGCAGGCCCUGCUGUUCGGCUCUGACGCCCGCUGCUUCACACGGAUGACCCCCGCCCUGUUCCUGCUAUCCGGGCACGCGCCACUGUCCGCGCACAGCCAGCUGGACAUCAUGCCCUUCCCACUGCCCAGGCUGUCCAUGGAGCCGAAGGAGCUGCUGACCAGCAGCGACCCUUUCCUGGAGACGCUCACGCUCCUGGCGCGUGCGCUGCGGGACACCGCGGCCCACGCUUCGCCACCUCGCCUGGUUCUGGAUUCGGAUGCGCUGGCCAGCUUCCCGCAGCAGGGCUUGGUCAACCUAUCCGACCCAACGGCGCUGGAGCGCCUGCUUGACCAGGAGGAACCGCUGCUGCUGUUGCUUCCGCCCGCUGCGGCCACCGCCAGGGACUCAGAGCAGCUGCAGAGCAACGCGUCAGGGCGUUGGUCCUCAAGCCUGGCGCGCCGGGUGGCCAUCGAGCUGCAGGCAGCAGCCGCCGAGCUGCGCAUUCUCCCAGGGUUGCCAUCAGCUGUACCCCCACUGCUGGCGCGCCUACUAGCGCUGUGCCCGGGUGACCCUGGAGACUCUGAAAGCAUUGGCAGCCCCAGGGACCCACUGCGCGCGCUGCUACUGUUAAAGGCGUUGCAAGCCCUGCGCACAGAGUGGCGUGGGCAGUAUCAGCGGGGUUCCGGGCGGGCACAGCGAAGCGCGCGAGCCACUGCCGCUGACCGGCCGUGCGCACUACGAGAGCUGAGCGUGGACCUCCGCGCGGAGCGCUCCGUUCUCAUCCCUGAGACCUACCAGGCUAACAACUGCCAGGGCACGUGUGACUGGCCGCAGUCCGAUCGCAACCCGCAUUAUGGCAACCACGUGGUGCUGUUGCUGAAGAUGCAGGCCCGCGGGGCUGCCUUGGCGCGCCCACCCUGCUGCGUGCCCACAGCCUAUGCCGGCAAGCUCCUCAUCAGCCUGUCGGAGGAGCGAAUCAGUGCGCACCACGUGCCCAACAUGGUGGCCACCGAAUGUGGCUGCCGGUGAUCUUUGCACCGCAUGAACUCCUGCCCCGAGGGUCCCUGCACGCGUCAGCCAGAGCCCCUUCCCAUAUUUAUUCAGACCCCAGGCAAUGCCCCAAUAAAAAUGCCAGCAAGUACCCAGCUGGGGUGUCCGUGAGUCCUGUGCAGGGACCUCUUUCUGCUUUCUCUUUUCUUGGGCGCAGAGCUUAGUC